AUGGACUCCGCGGCGGUGUUGUUGACAUCAGACAAGCGCGACUGCGAGAUGGCGCCGGCACACGCGAGCAGCGGCGCCGGGCCCGGUCGGGCGAGGGGGAAGGGCGACUCCCCGCGGCAAGAGGACCCCAAAGACGCGGCGCUGCGCUGCCACCGCGAGGAGGCGGCCCGCCUGAGGCAGCUACUCCUGAGCGCUGGCCAGCCGGCGGAGGGGCAGCGAGAUGCAGCUGAGAGGCUGCGCGAGGAGCUGGCGCUGGGGGCGGCGGAGGCGGAGCGGGGGCGGCGCGAGGAGGCGGAGCUGCGGGAGCGGAGGGUCGUGGUCAGCAGUGCCGACGGGCUGCUUGCAGGGGGCAGCGAGAUGCAGCUGAGAGGCUGCGCGAGGAGCUGGCGCUGGGGGCGGCGGAGGCGGAGCGGGGGCGGCGCGAGGAGGCGGAGCUGCGGGAGCGGAGGGGGGCAGCGAGAUGCAGCUGAGAGGCUGCGCGAGGAGCUGGCGCUGGGGGCGGCGGAGGCGGAGCGGGGGCGGCGCGAGGAGGCGGAGCUGCGGGAGCGGAGGGUCGUGGUCAGCAGUGCCGACGGGCUGCUUGCAGGGGGCAGCGAGAUGCAGCUGAGAGGCUGCGCGAGGAGCUGGCGCUGGGGGCGGCGGAGGCGGAGCGGGGGCGGCGCGAGGAGGCGGGGGCAGCGAGAUGCAGCUGAGAGGCUGCGCGAGGAGCUGGCGCUGGGGGCGGCGGAGGCGGAGCGGGGGCGGCGCGAGGAGGCGGAGCUGCGGGAGCGGACGGCGCUGACGGAGGCCACGCUGCGCUGCGGCGGGGCCCGCGGCGUGGCGGAGCUGAGCGCCGAGAGACAGCGGCAGCUGGAGGGGCUGCAGCAGGAGCUGGCGAGGCUGCAGCAGGAGCGGGCCGCGGCGCUGCAGCGCGCCGGGCAGCUGCAGGAGCUGCGGCGCAAGGCGGGCGACAGGGCGCGCCACCUCGCGGCGCUGAGGCACGAGGGGCAGGAGCUCCGGCGCCAGGCGCGCUGCCUCGCCGCGGGGCGGGACCCCCUGCUGGCCGGGCUGGACUCCGGGCUGGCCCGAGUGCGGCGCGACCUGGCGAGGAAGUGCCUGGUGCUGCAGGCGCUCGCGCGCCCCGACGAGCUGGACGCGCUGUCGGCGCGAGCCUCCCACGACGACGAGGCCCGCCGCUGGAGGCUCGCGAGCCCGGGGAGCCGCCGGCCGCCGGCCCGCGACCCGCGCUUCGCCCGCGACGUGAUCCUGCAGCUGCCGGACUGCGGCCCCGUGUCUCCGCCGGCCCUCACCUUGCCGUCCUACCUCCGCUAA